GGUUGGUGAUUGCCAAUGGGUUCUGCAAUACUCUUUCCCUCUCUGAACAAGUUAACUGAUCUUGGCGAUUCUGUAACCCCACAGCCACAACUUUUGGUCUUGUAAACUUGGUCAAUGGUUUCCAUAUUAGUAGCCCUAAUUGUACCACUCUAGCCCCCCAUUUUCCGUCUUGUUCAUUUCAGUGCUCAGUUCUCAGGCAUUUGAGAUCAGCUCUGACUAUGGAGCCUUUUCUACCAGGGCUCGACAGAGACAGCAGUGUUGAUCCUCUUCCUAUCACUGAUACAGCAUUCACAGACAUGAACACUGCAGACAUUCAGGGAGUGUGUGAUCUUCUGGCUCUUGAUACCACAUCAUCCGAAGUCUUUCUGGCUCGAGAAUCGGGUGUUCAAAGAGACAAGACGUUUCAGGAAGCAGGUCUUUCCUUGGAUCGUUUCCCUCAGUCUUCUGAUGAGGCAGACUUGGUUGAUAGGCUCUUGGCCGAUGAAAUUGAGAAGCUGUCGUUAGAAGAGAAGGAGCGAAGUACUUUUGACUUAUAUGGAAUGACCCAAGAAACCAAGGAUCCUGAGGAUGUUGAUGCUCUGCUAGAGCAAAUGGAGCUGGAAAUUCGAAAGAUACCAGACCGAAAAGCAUAUGAAAAAGCCAAGUAUAUGAACGAAGAAUAUGUGAUGGAAAAGGAUUUCCGGCUUCUGUUUCUUCAUUGUGAUGAGUUUGAUGCCAAGUCUGCGGCACAACGAAUUGUGCAACAUUUUGAGGUCAAACGUGAGCUGUUUGGUGAUGGACCUGCCUUGGCCAGAAAACUACUCAUGAGUGAUCUUAGUGAAGACGACAUGAAGUUUCUCACCUCAGGAGUCCGGCAGCUCUUGCCUGUGCGUGAUGCUGCUGGCCGUCUGGUAUAUGUAAUGUGCCCUGGCUUCAGGGACAGCUCUGUAGCAUUGGAUUCUCAGCUGCGUGCCGAAAUAUACUUUGGAAUGAGCAUUCUCCAAACUGAGGAUGCACAAAGGAAUGGAGGCAUAGUUUUGGUAAUCUCCCUUCUUGGAGAAUCACUGCUCAAUCUACAACAACAACUGUUUCUCAAACUUAAGCGAUUGAAGAAGCUAAGGUCAGGGGGGUUGAUAAAGGUGGCUGGUGUCCAUUUCCUAUUGAGCCAAGACUAUCUUCGUCCUUUGGUUGGUGGGAUCCGAUGGUUAUUCCCGGAGAAACUGAGAGCAAAAAUACGUGUCCACUUUGGGGACUUUGAUCAGCUCAAAUUUGCAUUACAGACUUUUGGCAUCCCAACUGAUUGUCUCCCAUUCCAUCCAGACAAACCCAUUAAUCUGAAGAAUCAUGAUCAAUGGAUUCGGAGCUGGCGCAAGCAGGAAGAAAAAGGCAACAAUCAUACAUCUGAUAUCAUUGUCCCCCGUCGAUUUGAUGUCCUCCUUGGGCGAGGACGUCGUACCAGGCAUCACACGGGCAAUGUGAGAGCUGGGCAUAUCGCUGACAUGUUUCGAGACAAGUAUGAGACCGCUGGGAGAUAUGAAAAGACAGCAAUCGCUGAACGAAUUGUCACAAUUAUUCGAGAAUCGCAUGGCCGGUUUUUGAAGUGGGAAGACGAUGCAUGGGAAGUAGUGGACCAACAAGCUGCAAGGAACAAGAUUUCCCACUUCUAUAGAAACACACGCAAAAAAGACCCCCCCACCAAAAGCAAGGCAUCCCCGUCUGAUGGCUCUAGCUCAGAGGGAGAGACACUGGCUUCAGCUGUGUCCAAGCGGGCGCAACCAAACUCAACGCAACAAUCAGCAGAGCGAGUUCAGAAGCGGCACCAACGGGAUACCUAACUCAAAUGGGCUGUCAAUAGGUGGAUUACGGGCUGUUAGCGGGCCUAUUGCUGCUUUGCGGGAGCCAAUCUCCGGUAUACGGUAUACCGGUAUGGUGCCCCCUGCUGGACCAUCUGUUUGUGAGAUUGCCAAUAAGGGAUCUGUUUAGCUUUCAGGCGGCAGCUAAUGUAAGCCGUAACUUCCUGCAGGUUUCAGAGUUGUAGACAUGUGAUGUUGAUUGGUGUCAGCUGAAGCUGAUGUGCACUCUUAAUAUUAAUUGAAUAAAAAGGCUACUGUAUGAUAGCUAGCAGUUUUCGCAGCUCCUUGCCAUUAUUACAGCACCCACCACCACAGUAUUGCCAGCGCU